CUUUGUAAUUAAUGUUAGAAUCUUUUCGAAAGCCAAGAGAAAGGAAAAAGAAUAGGAGGAGUAAAGAGUUGGCCGUUCAGCCACUGAGCAUAAAGCAGGUGUUGAUCCUUCUUCUGUCCUUGGUUUAAUUAUAUCCUUUCCUUUCAGACAUUCACAUUCCAAAGAAAUAUAAACUUGCUCUUGGCUUGGAUACCUUGCAAUCCUCUCAGAUACCAAGAAAAGCACCGACCGGGUUUUGUUUUUUCUCAGCUGUUUAAUCCACAGCUGAGAAAUAAACAAUAGGAAAACCCGAAAAAAUCUUGCUUUCAAAUCAAGCUGUCUUCUAUAAAUGUCAAAUAUAGUUGCAGAAAACUUCAUCUUCCAAACUGAAAGCGAAAGAGUUCUGGGUCAAUUUUGGCAACCAAAAUCUAAUAUACUUUCCUUUUUUUCAUACUUUCCAGCUGCCAGAUCCCAAAACAAUUCGUACAAUUACUCAAGUCUUAAACUUUCCUUACCUUUUUUUUUGUUUUUUUUGUUUUCUUAGAUUAUGGGCAUUUAAUUCUUUGCAGCAGAUCUUAAACGUUUUGCAAAGAAAAUGUCAAAACUUUAAAAGCCUCUCAUAAAAUCUUCCCAAAAAACAAAACCAAAAAAAAAAAAAAAAAAAAAAAAUCUCCAUCGAAUUCUUCUUCAUCACCAUGUCACCGCCACCACCAACUCCUUUCCUCUUCCCUCAAGUUCAAUCCACAGUCCUCCCUGAUCCUUCACUCUUCUUCUCCUCCAACCUUCUCUCAAACCCACUUCCAACAAACGCUUUUUACCAGAACUUUGUCAUCGGUAAUGGUGAUCAGCCUGAGUAUGUCCACCCUUACGUCGUUAAGUCCACAAAUUCCUCUCUUUCUGUCUCUUUCCCAUCAUUCUUAUUGAAUGCUUCUUUAAUAUAUUAUAUUUUGGUACCUGAUCUUACAAUCUCUGCUUCAAAUAAUACGAACCCCGAUUCGCAGAAAAGCCAUAUAGUUUCUUCCUAUGAUGAUCUCAGUGUCACUGUGGACUUUCCCUCAUCAAAUCUUAGAUUUUUUCUGGUUAGGGGAAGUCCCUAUAUUACCUUUUCUGUCUCAGAUGAAACUCAGGUUUCAAUCUCAACCGGCAAUUCAAUCCUCUCGAUUUUUUCAAGUAAUUCGAGGAAGAAGCAUACAGUCAAGCUUAAAAACAACCAGACAUGGCUUAUAUAUGCAUCCUCAUCCGUCAGCUUUGCUCAUAGUUCUACUAAAUUAGUUUCUGAUGCCUUUUCUGGUACCAUCCGUAUUGCCAUAAAGCCAGAUUCAAAUUCAAAACAUGAGAAAAUCCUUGACAGAUUCAGCAAUCGCUACCCUGUUUCAGGAGAAGCUGCAUUCAAAAAGCCAUUCUCUUUGGAAUACAGAUGGCAGAAAAAGGGAAACGGUGAUCUGCUUAUGCUGGCUCACCCUCUUCAUCUCAGACUUAUCUCCAAGGAUGAUCGUGAUGUUACUAUUUUGAAGGACUUCAAGUACAAAAGCAUUGAUGGUGAUCUUGUCGGUGUUGUUGGCGAUUCUUGGGUACUGAAAACUACUCCUGGUCCAGUAACUUGGCACUCCAUUAAUGGCAUCAAAGAGGAAUCACAUGCUGAGAUUAUCUCAGCUUUACGUAAGGAUGUUGGGGCUCUGAAUUCCACAUCAAUGGCCACAACUUCUUCGUAUUUCUACGGGAAAUUGAUAGCAAGAGCGGCGAGGUUCGCGCUAAUUGCUGAGGAAGUCUCUUUCCCUGAGGUAAUUCCCACUGUCAAAAAGUUCUUGAAGGAUAAUAUUGAGCCAUGGUUGAAUGGAACUUUCCAAGGGAAUGGUUUUCUGUAUGAACACAAAUGGGGUGGCAUCGUUACUAAAAUGGGAGCAGUGGAUACCGCUGCAGAUUUCGGGUUUGGAAUAUAUAAUGAUCACCAUUUUCAUCUUGGCUACUUUAUCUAUUCCAUGGCAGUGCUUGCAAAACUUGACCCAGCAUGGGGGAGGAAGUACAGGCCUCAAGCUUAUUCGCUGGUGGAAGAUUAUUUGAAUUUUGGCAAGCAGCCAAAUCAAACAUAUCCACGCGUGAGAAACUUUGAUUUCUAUCAGCUGCAUUCAUGGGCUGCAGGGCUUACUGUAUUUCCAAGUGGGAGGAACCAAGAAAGCACGAGUGAAGCAAUAAAUGCUUAUUACGCAGCAGCCUUGAUGGGUAUAGCCUAUCGAGACACCCAUCUUACAGCCUUUGCAUCGAUGGUUGCAACUUUGGAGAUUCUGUCAGCUCAAACGUGGUGGCAUGUAAGAGAGGGAGAUAAAUUGUACGGGGAAGAGUUUACUAAGGAUAAUAGGGUGGUUGGUGUUCUUUGGUCGACCAAAAGGGACACUGCCCUUUGGUUUGCACCUCCAGAGUGGAGAGAAUGUAGGCUUGGAAUUCAGGUGCUUCCUCUGUUGCCUAUCACUGAGGUUGUCUUCCCUGAUGUUGAUUAUGUCAAGGACCUUGUGAAUUGGACAUACCCGGCUUUGAAAAGAGACGGAGUUGCAGAAGGGUGGAAAGGCUUCCUCUAUGCCAUGGAAGGGAUUUAUGACAAUGAUGGUGCUUUGAAGAACAUUAGAUCUUUGGCAAGUCAUGAUGAUGGAAACUCGCUCUCUAACCUGUUAUGGUGGAUUCAUAGUAGAAAUAAGGAAGGAGAGAAACGGAAACGUUGUUGGUUUGACCACUAAUUUCACGGAAUUUGGUUCGAUUGUUCUCAGAGGAAAAAAAAAAUAGGGUUUCAUUGUAAUGGGGGAAAUUGGGAUAAAGUAUAACAAUGAAUUCGUUCAUAGUUUGAGCUAGAGUAAUUUGACAACCCAUUAUAAAAAUGUGGGCAAUCAUAAUUUACCAUAUGGAUUUUUCGUGUUGAUUAUUUUCAUUUGCAUUUGGAAGUACCUCUGUAUUUUUACUGAUCUGUCAUCUAUAGAACUUUAGCUUGUCUGAUUUGAUUUUAA